AUGGCGGCCGAGAAAAAACUUUUGGUUACGUCAUACAGCCGCAUGGUUGACUCUAUUGAGUCACGUGCAGAAAAAUUAUUAAUAUUUGUGCGUUCUUUCGAUACCGAGAAACAGGAUAAAUCUCUUCUCGAGGACAAAUUAGAGUCAGUUGAAGCUAUGCGUUCUUUAUUUCAUGAGACUGAGGUUAAGUUGUACGGGGUGAUUAAGGAAGAUGAGGUUCAAUCAUUGCAAAUGACUAGUGAAAAGAUAGAAGACAUGUUUGAUGAGAUACGCCAUCUUAUUCGAACCACACUUCGUGCGGUUGAACCUCCCAAACCAGUGAGUUCUCAUGUGACGGUUGCGUCUAUUCAACAAUCCCAAGCGAAAUUACCAGACAUUCCUCUUCCUCGUUUCAACGGACAAUUGGAAGACUGGAUUUCCUUUAAAGGUCAAUUUAAUGCUCUUAUCAAGCGCCGGGAAGGUCUUUCAGAAAGUGAAAAAUUAUUCUAUUUGAAGGCUGCCAUACAAGAUGGAGUUGCUCGCCAUGUUCAAUCUUCCGAAGACACGUUUGUGUCCCUUUGGAAGGCCCUUAGUAGCGAGUUUGAGAAUAAAAAACUUCUAGUUGAUAAGCACAUUGCCCAGUUGUUUCACUUAAAACCGAUCAUUCGGGAGUCAGGGUCUGCAUUACGGUGUUUGAUAAAUGAUGUUACUCGCAACAUUCGAGCAUUAGCGAAUCUUGAGUUGAAACUAGAUCCCUUAUCAGAACAAUUCCUGGUACAUCUCAUUUGUUCUCGUUUGGACUCUCGUACUAGAAAGGAUUUCGAAAUGCAAUUGAUCGACCAGUCGUUACCGGCUUGGGAAAAAUUGCUUGACUUCUUACAGUCACGAUGCAGAUGUCUAGAAAACAUGGAACAAGAUGGCAAGAGUUUACCUGUACUAGGUGUGGGCUCCCGCGUAAAAUACAACUUCGGUGAUCGCUCAACUACUAAUUCUAAAUCUUUUUCAAUUAAUACUGUCUCAAACAAAACUGCUACCAUUGCCACGUGCUUUCUGUGUAAAGGUACUCACUACUUGAGCCGUUGCGAGCAGUUCCUUCAAAUGCCACCAUCGGAUCGAUUCAUAAGGGUCAAGGGAUUUGGACUCUGUUUGAACUGCUUCAGCAAUAAGCACAUGGUUGCGGAUUGUAAGUCUAGUUCUUGUCGAAAAUGUGCACGUCGCCACCAUACGACUUUACAUGAAACUGAACCAAUGCCAUCUACUUUAACAAACUCAACCAACCGAGCAAAUAGUACAACAACUACAACAUCGACGAACACGAUCAUUGCGACUGUCUCGUCAUCGAUUCUAAAGACAAAACAAAUUAUUCUUUACACAGCCGUUGGUUUGGUUGAAGACGAGUAUGGAAAUUCUGUGGACUGCAGAAUUCUCCUUGACUGUGGAUCGAUGCAUAAUUUGAUCACGACGCACGUUGUUAACACUUUGCGUUUGCGCAUGGUAAAGGCUGAUUGCCAUAUAGAAGGCGUUUCUGGUACACCACAGUUUAUAAAGAACAAGGUAGGAGCAACGAUUCGCUCUACUGUCGAUAAGGAUGUCUCGAUGAAAUUUCAGUUUCUAGUGAUGAAACGGAUUACAACUGAUUUACCAAUCAGAUCAUUUUCAGUUGACUCAGAGCGAAUUCCAGCAGAUGUAGUACUGGCAGAUCCCAUGUUUAAUCGAUCGCGGCGAAUCGAUAUGCUGCUAGGAAUUCAGGUGUUUAAUGAACUAUUUACUGGUCAAUGCUUCUCCUUGACGGAUGAUCGUACAUUCUGGUGCAAAGAAACGAUUUUUGGAUGGGUCGUUGGUGGAUCUGUAGAUGAGCAGGAAGAAAGGAGAAGUUGUACUAAAUUUUGUGGAGUCGUUACAAACGAGGCGUUAAGCGAACAGAUAAGCCGAUUUUGGGAGAUAGAGCCCAUUCCGGAGGCACGCAAGCUAACACAAGAUGAACGAGCAGCAGAACAGAAUUUUGAAGACACAUAUCGCAGACUGCCAGAUGGACGAUAUGAAGUGUGCCUUCCUAAGAAAGUAAAUAUUCAAAAUCUGGGAAAUAGCGAAGAGAUGGCGUUGCGAAGAUUCGUACAGACAGAGAGACGAUUAACGCAUGAUUCUAGUUUACGAGAGCAGUAUAAUUUAUUUAUGCGCGAUUAUCAUGAGCAAGGUCACAUGACAAAAAUAGAUCCGUGCAAAUCAGGGUAUUUUAUACCACAUCAUGCAGUGUUCAAUCCGACGAGCAUAACAACCAAGAUGCGUGUUGUAUUUGACGCUUCCGCACCAACGACUAGUGGAUCUUCUCUGAACGAUCACUUGCUUUUUGGUCCAGUUCUACAACGAAGACUAAUCGACACAGUACUAAGGUUCCGUAUUCCUAAGGUAGUGUUUACUGCGGACAUUACCCAAAUGUUCCGACAAAUCCAAGUGAGAGCUGAAGAUCGAAAGUACCAACAAAUUUUUUGGCGAGCAGACCAAGGAGACCCAUUAGAGGUAUACCAGUUAACCACGGUGACCUACGGAACAGCAUGUGCGCCAUUUUUGGCUACAAGAACACUGGAGCAAUUGUGCAAGGACGAGAGCAAAAAUUUUCCUUUGGCAUCGAAAGCGGGCACUGAAGAUUUUUAUGUAGAUGACCUGUUGAGUGGAGCGAAUACUGUCGACGAGGCUUUAGCUUUGCAGAAUGAAUUCAUUCAGAUGCUGUCAUCAGGGGGGUUCAAGUUACAUAAAUGGGCGUCGAAUCAUCCAGAAUUACUGCAGUCCGUACCAAACGCAGAUGCGGAGCAAGUUGCUUCUUUUCGAGAAUGA